AUGCGAGCCCUUGCAAGCUUGCUUCUCCUGUUCCUGGUCGAGGGGCUUGGGCUCAAGUUUUCCGACAAACAGGACUUCGAUUAUGACCAUUUGCAGAGGAGCAUUGUUCGCAUAGAGACGGUCGGAGCAAGCUUUGACUGGUUUCGGCCCUUCAAUCCGCGAGAUGGCCUUGUGAGCCUUGGAAGUGGUUUCAUUGUGCAGACGGAACCCUAUGUCCUGAUAGCUACGAACCAGCACGUCAUCAAUGAUGCGUUGCGAGUUCAAAUUCAACUGUUGCUUCACAGCCAGGCAAAGUGGGACGUCAACAUCGUGUCUGCAUGUCCGAAGUUUGACCUUGCCCUCCUUACCCUGAAGUCUGACAAGGAAUUCAAGGCAGACCUGGCCAAGUCAGGCAUCCAUCUGCAGGCUUUGACCCUGUCGCGGAAUGUUGCUGAGAUGGGUCAGGAUGUGGUGGCCCUGGGCUUCCCUCUCGGGCAAAACUCGCUGAAGAUUUCCAAAGGAAACGUCGCUGGAAACGAGUUCGUCAACAGCAAUCUUUGCAUCCAGUCCACCGCACCGAUCUCGCCAGGAAACAGUGGCGGCCCGCUCUUGGAUGAUGCCGGCAACGAGGUGCUGGGUGUGAAUUUUGCAGGAGCUACCCGAGGUGAGAACAUCAACUACGUGAUCCCGGCCUUCAGAGUUCAGGCCCUCGUGAACCUCCACUUGAAGGAGCAGCACGGAGCCCCGUGGCGUCGCUUGGGCUUCCGAACGCCUGGACAUGGCCUCACAACAGUUCAUCCGAGCGAGGCACUCUACACUUUCACUGCUGGCUGCAAGGAGGGCGUGUACAUCGGGCGCGUUGGAAAGGACGGCUUCAUGAGCAAGGCCAACCCAGAAGUGCGCCCAGGCAGCAUGCUGGUGUCCGUGAAUGGUAAGGCCUUGGAUGGCUUCGGUAAGGCCGAGAUCAAAGAGCUCAUGCUGGGAAAGGCUGCCUUGGAUGACCUCUUCUUCAUCCAGCCUGAUUUGGAAGCAGAGGUGACUUUCGAGACGUGCUUCAGGGGCACGAAGCACCUUCACAAGGCUCAGCCGCCAGUACCGGGACAACUGCUCAUCAGUGCACGCCAUUGCACGUUGCUUUUGCUCCGCAGGUCAGCACAAUCAGGACAUCUGACUUUGACAAGGCGAGGCAAGAUCUUCAAGCAGAGUUUGGUGGGUACCUGCACAUGCCUGGUGCCAGUGCGACAGGGCAUCAGAUAUGUCGAUGAGCCGGUGAUAGGACGACGUAUGCACGAUGUGUUUGGCAUAGUUGGUGUUCCCGUGGGCCACCGCAUUAUGUUGGAUUGGAACAACGUUCACAACAAGACAGCAUACCAACAAGCAAGCUCUGAGUUCCUCUGUCUUGUCCGUGUCAAUGUGGAUUUUCCUGUUCUGGCCGGCUUAGGUAAAGUUUGCAGUUCCUUGCCACAAAUAAUGGAAAGUUGA